AUGGAUGAUCUCGAGUCCCUGGAGCUGUUGUCGCUCGUGUCGCGAGUGACGAACGAGCUCCAGAACCACCUUGGUAUCAACGAAAAGACUCUCGCGGAGUUCGUUAUCGACCAGCAUGUCAAGUGCAAUGGCUCCUUCGCCAAUUUUACAAAGUCUCUCGACGAGAUGGGUGCCGAAUUCCCCCAGAGCCUUAUGGAGAGCAUCGACCGCAUGGUGCUCACCAUGCACCCCAAAUACAAGGGACAUAAAGCGGAAAAUGGCAGCGGGGCUCCUGCGGACGACGAUGAUAUGGACUUGCUUAACGCCUUGGAGAAAAAGUCCCGAGUGUUCAAAGGUCUCGCGGUCCCUGAUACGGAGAAGCGCUGGGAGGAGGACGACUACACCGAUCAGCAAGCCGCGGGCGACGCAGAGGCAGAGGAUGCCAUGGAUGACACUUUUGCAAUGUUGGAGGGACUCGCUGGAAAGGCCAAGCCGGAAACUUCUCGUUCAUCUAGACCCGACCGCGACAACAAGAAGCGAAGUCGCAGCCCCGAGCGCAUUGAUAACGACCGUGGACGACGCAGAGACAAAUAUCGCGAGCGGUCAAGGUCCCGAAGUGCGGGACGAUACAGCAAAAACAACGAGCUUGUGGACGAAUUUGGUCGGUCGAUUGAUAAAUACGGGGAUCGCGAAAGCAGUCGUCGCAAUGGACAUGGCGACCGCGACCGCCGCAAGCGCCGCGACCGAGAUGGGGACGAUGACUUCCGGCGUCCUCCUCCUGUUGAAUUGGAUGACCACCCGGUUCUCUACAAGGUGUACGAUGGAACUGUGACAGGUGUGAAAGACUUUGGCGCCUUUGUCAACCUACACGGUGUCAAGGGAAAGGUGGACGGUCUUGUGCACGUUUCAGCAAUGCAAGAAGGUGUGCGAGUCAAUCAUCCCUCAGAUCUGGUCUCUCGCGGGCAGCCCGUCAAAGUCAAAGUUGCCAGUAUUCAGGGCACCCGUAUAGGUCUUUCCAUGAAGGAGGUGGAUCAGAUGACAGGGAUGGAUAUGAUUCCCCAGAAGCGUCUGGCGUCCGGUGCCAAUAUGGAACGUCUCGAUGGAACAGAGGCUAACGACAGAUAUGGCAACUUGAGCUCUGACGUGCCCAUCAUUGAAGAUUCUGGGCGUCGGCCAAUGAGAAACCGCAAGCGAAUGACCUCGCCUGAGAGAUGGGAGAUCAGGCAAUUGAUUGCAUCCGGCGUAGCCUCUGCGGCAGAUUACCCCGACAUCGACGAAGAAUACAACGCCACCCUCACCGGAGAAGGCACCUUCGAAGAGGAGGAAGAUGUCGACAUUGAAGUUAAAGACGAGGAGCCUCCCUUCCUGGCUGGCCAAACGAAGCAAUCCCUUGAGCUUUCUCCUAUUCGUGUUGUCAAGGCUCCCGAUGGGUCAAUGAACCGCUCUGCGAUGGCAGGCACCAACCUUGCUAAGGAGAGACGCGAGUUGAAGCAGCAAGAAGCUCAAGACAAGGCCGCUGAAAAGGCCGCGGAUGUCGACCUCAACGCACAGUGGCAGGAUCCAAUGGUCGCGCCAGAAGAGCGAAAGUUUGCCGCCGACUUGCGCAGUGGCCAGCAGCCCAAGCAAGAUGACGCUGUGCCAGAGUGGAAACGAGUCACCAUGGGCAAGAAUGCUACUUUUGGAAAACGCACGACCAUGUCAAUGAAACAGCAGCGCGAGAGUCUGCCUGUCUUCAAGUUCCGCAAGCAAUUGCUGGAUGCAGUGCGGGACAACCAGUUGAUGAUUGUGGUCGGAGACACAGGUUCCGGAAAAACUACGCAGUUGACACAAUAUCUCGCCGAAGGUGGAUACGGAAACAAUGGAAUCAUUGGCUGCACUCAACCUCGUCGUGUUGCCGCUAUGUCUGUGGCCAAGCGUGUGGCAGAGGAAGUCGGCUGCAAACUUGGAGCAGAAGUUGGAUACACCAUUCGUUUUGAGGAUUGUACCAGCCCAGACACCAAGAUCAAGUACAUGACCGACGGAAUGCUCCAGAGAGAGAUUCUUCUGGACCCAGAUCUGAAGAAAUACUCCGUCAUUAUGCUUGACGAAGCUCACGAGCGAACAAUCGCCACUGAUAUUCUGUUUGGAUUGUUGAAAAAGACAAUCAAACGACGAGCAGAUUUGAGAUUGAUCAUCACAUCUGCCACCUUGGAUGCCGAAAAGUUCUCUGAAUACUUCCACGGCUGUCCCAUUUUCUCCAUUCCUGGCCGAACCUUCCCCGUCGAAGUCAUGUAUUCCAAGGAGCCUGAGUCGGAUUACUUGGAUGCUGCACUUAUCACCGUCAUGCAAAUCCACUUGACGGAGCCGGCUGGUGACAUUCUGCUCUUCUUGACAGGUCAAGAGGAGAUUGAUACAGCUUGUGAGAUUCUAUUCGAGCGUAUGAAAGCUCUAGGAACCACUGUUCCAGAACUAGUGAUUCUACCUGUUUAUUCCGCGCUUCCUAGUGAAAUGCAGAGUCGAAUCUUCGAUCCUGCCCCAGAAGGUGGACGCAAGGUCGUCAUCGCCACUAAUAUUGCUGAGACAUCGAUCACAAUUGACCAAAUUUACUACGUCAUUGAUCCUGGCUUCGUGAAGCAAAAUGCAUAUGAUCCCAAGCUGGGCAUGGAUUCUCUUGUGGUGACGCCUAUUUCACAGGCACAAGCCAAGCAGAGAGCCGGUCGUGCGGGCAGAACAGGUCCUGGAAAGUGUUUCAGACUGUACACUGAGGCGGCUUACCAGUCCGAAAUGCUUCCAACAACCAUCCCUGAAAUCCAGCGCCAGAACCUCUCACAUACAAUUCUCAUGCUGAAGGCAAUGGGUAUUAACGACCUCCUCCACUUCGACUUCAUGGACCCACCACCUACCAACACCAUGUUGACGGCACUCGAGGAACUCUACGCGCUGUCAGCACUUGAUGACGAAGGUCUUCUGACCCGACUCGGACGCAAAAUGGCCGAUUUCCCCAUGGAACCUGCGCUUGCCAAGGUUCUUAUCGCAUCUGUGGAUUCUGGCUGCUCUGACGAGAUGCUCAGCAUUGUGGCUAUGCUCUCAAUUCAGUCUGUCUUCUACCGACCAAAGGAGAAGCAACAACAAGCAGACCAAAAGAAGUCUAAAUUCCAUGACCCACACGGUGACCAUCUCACUCUGCUGAACGUAUACAAUGGCUGGAAGAAUGCCGGCUUCAACAACUCCUGGUGUUUUGAGAAUUUCAUCCAGGCCCGACAGAUUAAGCGUGCUCAGGAUGUACGCAAGCAACUCCUUGGAAUCAUGAACCGCUACAAGCACCGUAUCGUCUCAUGUGGCCGUGAUACCAUGAAGGUUCGACAAUCGCUCUGCACUGGAUUCUUCCGCAACGCAGCCCGCAAAGACCCCCAGGAGGGAUACAAGACUCUAGUCGAAGGCACACCCGUCUACAUGCACCCCAGCUCUGCUAUGUUCGGCAAACCCUCCGAGCAUGUUAUUUACCACACCCUGGUACUCACUACGAAGGAGUACAUGCACUGCACCACGGCCAUUGAACCCAAGUGGCUUGUCGAGGCGGCACCGACGUUCUUCAAGGUUGCUCCUACAGACAAGUUAUCCAAGCGCAAGAAGGCAGAGCGCAUCCAGCCUCUACAUAACCGAUUUGCUGGAGAGGAUGAUUGGCGUAUCUCUGCUCAGCGUAAGCAGGGAAGAGGCGGUGGUGGUGGAACCUGGGGAUGA